AUGCCACAUGUCGCCAGCAUAGCGUCGCUCAUGGCGAGCACAAAUGUCGAAAUCAGGGGCUCCAACCAGACCGUUGAAGAGCGCUUCACGCAGCUACGCGCCGAUCUCCAGACUUUUCUGGCAGGUUCUGGGGGGCCGUUGCUAUCAGUCAUGGGUGACGGCGAUGCGCUUCCAGAUGGUUCAGCAAUGAGCGGCGUUGUGCUUCGCCGGAGUGGAGUGGCAAUCAAUGGAUUCGGUUGUUGUCCGGACACGUCGAUUGACCCCCUAGAGAAAGGGGUGGAGAACAUCAUUUUGAAACAUAUCCACAUCCACGGCUUACAACUUAAGGUUGAUCAGGUCAUGACAACGUGGGUCAACGGUAACAGGGCAGUCGGCGUGGACGGAGGUGUCUUCCACAUCGACCGGGCGUGGGAUAUUAGCAAUUGUUUCGCGUGCGUCGGGAACUCGUUCACGGACGCACAAAUCACCAUGGGUGUUUUUAGGGGCGCUCUUCAAAAGACGGGCAUCUCGAAGGACAUUCUUUUUUUCUGUUUCGGGGGCUCGCACGUCCCGCUUAGCAUUCAGCAGUAG